AUGUCCUUGGAGAAAAUGAAAGAUCUCCAUCUGGAGGAAAAAUAUAUAAAACCAGAAACCGAAGAAGUGAAUGGGGUCCUCAUGACGAAGAUGAUCAGCAAUAACUGGGACAAGAUCUGGAACUUCCAAGCAAAGCCCGACGAUCUCCUUAUUGCAACCUAUGCAAAGGCAGGCACCACCUGGACACAGGAGAUUGUGGACAUGAUCCAGAAUGACGGGGAUGUGCAGAAAUGCCAGCGGGCCAACACGUUCGACCGGCAUCCUUUCCUCGAAUGGACUCUGCCUCCACCCCUCAACUCGGGACUGGAUCUGGCUAACAAAAUGCCCUCUCCCAGAACUUUGAAAACUCAUCUUCCUGUUCAAAUGCUACCACCUUCAUUCUGGAAAGAAAAUUCCAAGAUUAUCUAUGUGGCUAGAAAUGCCAAGGACUGCCUGGUGUCCUACUAUCAUUUCUCCAGAAUGAAUAAGAUGGUACCUGACCCUGGUACCUGGGAGGAAUACAUUGAAGCAUUCAAAGAUGGAAAAGUGCUGUGGGGCUCCUGGUAUGACCACGUCAAGGGAUGGUGGGACAUAAAGGACCAGCACCGCAUUCUCUACCUCUUCUAUGAAGAUAUGAAGGAGGACCCAAGGAGGGAAAUUAAGAAGAUAUUGAAGUUCCUGGAAAAAGAUAUAGCAGAGGACGUUCUAAAUAAGAUCAUCUAUCACACCUCCUUUGACGUCAUGAAGCAAAACCCAAUGGCCAACUAUACUACUUUACCUGCCAGUCUCAUGGACCACUCCAUCUCCCCUUUUAUGAGGAAAGGGAUGCCUGGGGACUGGAAGAACUAUUUUACGGUGGCUCAAAAUGAAGAGUUUGACAAAGACUACCAGAAGAAGAUGGCGGGGAGCACUGUGACCUUUCGUACAGAGAUCUGA